AUGGACAAAUCAGAAGAAGCUAGUUUGCUCGGAGAGCCAGAACCCAUGAAUAAUCCCUCUGCGGCAAGGAACAACACGAAAUAUUGUCAUUAUCAUCGGGAUAAUGGGCAUCAUACUGAUGAAUGUCGGGCUCUCAAGAAGCUAGCUUUUGAGGAAAUGCAACUGGACGAGGCAGAUCUGAAGUUUGCCUCUAUCCCUCUCUAUGGUUUUACUAGGGAUCAUCUAAUUCGCAAAGGAACGAUUGCACUUCCUGUCACUUUGGGUGAUACCCACGAACGCGAUCAAGCCAGUUCGCCAGAAGAGGAGAGCCAUGACCUAGAGCGUUAUGCUGCUCUUAAGGUUAAGGUGGAUAAGCUCUUCUCAAAUGGGUUCAUUUGGGAGACUCAUUACCCAAGUUGGAUCGCCAAUCCUGUUUUGGUGAAGAAACCCAAUGGCAAGUGGCAAACUUGUGUUGAUUUCUCUGAUCUCAACAAACCUUGUCCGAAAGACAGUUUCCCUCUGCACAAAAUCGAUCAACUCAUCGACGCUACCUCUGGGCACGAGCUGUUAAGCUUCUUGGAUGCCUACUCGGCGUACAAUCAGAUCUCGAUGUACACAUCCGAUAAAGAGCAUACCUCAUUCAUUACAGAUUGA